CUCCGGUCCUCGUCAUCGCCGCAGCGGAGAUCCCCGGUGCUCCUACCGCGUCUGCCCCGCACCGAGCCCCGGCCAUGGCUCUACAGUUCACCGAUGAGGACUUCCAAGCGGCCUGGAAGGAGCUGGACGAGCCGCAGCUGGACGGAGGAUGGGAGCUCUUCACCGAGACCAUGGGCGUCAAGAUCUACCGGCGCUACGACCAGGAGACGGGGCUUUAUGAGUACAAAGUAUUCGGCGUCAUGGAGACCUGCCCUGCUGACCUGUGUGCAGAAGUGUACAUGGACUUAACCUACAGGAAGCACUGGGACUCCUACGUCAAAGAGCUGUACGAGAAGGACUUCGAAGAACAGAGAGCCAUUUACUGGGAGGUCAAAUACCCAUUUCCUUUGUCAAACAGAGACUAUGUGUACAUUCGUGAGCGCAGAGACCUGGAGGUUGAUGGGAGGAAGAUCUUUGUGGUUCUGGCGCGCAGUUCUCCUCAGACCUCAUGCCCAGAGAAGAGUGGAGUCAUCCGGGUGUGCGACUACAAACAGACCCUGGCCAUCGAGAGCGACGGAGCCUCAGGAACCAAGAUGUUUAUGAACUACUUUGACAAUCCUGGAGGAUCCAUCCCCACGUGGCUCAUCAACUGGGCAGCUAAGAGUGGAGUCCCUGGGUUUUUGAAGGACAUGCAAAAGGCCUGCAAGGACUACAAGUCCUACAGCCAGAAGAAGUGAGCGUCUACACUGCAAGAAAUGACUGGAAUUCAUUUAAUCUGGGUUUAUUAGAUUUAUCCAAGUAUGUACCCUGCAAAAAGACCAUUUCUACAUCAGUUAAAAUGACUUAAAUUUGUUUCAUUUAGAUUUUUUUACACUAUAUUUUGUUUGUUCACUUUCACUGUUUAUUUUGUCCUUGAUACACAAGUAUCAAGUUAUACUUUUCUUUUAUUCUCUGUAUUCACUGUAAAAGAAAGAAAGAAAGAAAUACCUGACUUUUAUAUAUAUAAAAAAACAGCAACAACAAAUAGUAAUUAUCAUGAAUAUUCAAACUACAUAAAUCAGAACUAAUCCAAAUCAAGCUAAAUAAUUCCAGUCAUUUCCAACCCCGACUCAUGUAAAGCUCUUAUUUUGACGGCCUGUGAGGUGGAUAUGCUUUUAUUUUGAAAUUCUGCUGAUGGGAGACUCCUUCAGGUUUGACGCUAUUGCUGUAACUAUAAUUAAUCUUUUGUGCAAUCAGUCUUUUAAAAUCUCCACAUUUUAUUUAUUUUUUAAAUCUCUCUAUCCCCAAUGUUAGCACUCCGAGAAAUACUGCAAUUGACGUACUGCUACUUCACAAAUACUUCUAAAGUACAAGUACACAGGAUAUCUUUGAGUCCUCAGUCCAGACUUGUAUUUGUCGAAUGCAGUUGAAACUUUUAAUUGUUUUUUUUAUCAGCCAUUUGUUCAAAGCUGUGUAGAAAAUUAUGUUUACACUCCAGUAUAUUAUUUAGAGCUGCACUAUGUAACUUUUCUGAGGGUUUCCACCAGCUCGUCUCCAUGGAGAUGUUAAUGAUUUGUCUAAAACAUGCCACAGAUCAUCAUUAAACUUCUGUACCUCUAUAAAGACGAGCAGGUGAGGCCAAACUGUAUUUCUAUAUUGAUACUUUUGUUCUGUAGCCUUAUUACCUCGAAAACUCCAAUGAAAAGAAGCUCCUGUCGCUGUCUACACUCUCUUCUCUUUGGUAUUGAUUGUAAACUGAAUGAAGACUAUGCAUUUAUGUGUAUUUGUCUGUUAAACUGUGUGUAUUGUUGGACUUUGCUGUUGUGGGAAUGUUUACAAUCUUAUACAUGUUCUCAGAUGAGGCUAAUAUAUGAACUGAUUACUGUGUAAUGCUGCUGAACAAAGGAAUACAUUUUAAAGAAAGCAUGUGGAAAAA